AUGCCUAAAUUCAUUGUUAACACAAAUACAAGCAAGGAUAAGAUUCCAGAAUCUUUUACAGGGGAGCUGACCCAACAGUUAUCAAAAGCAUUGGACAAACCAGCACAGUAUCUAGCAACACAGAUCUCUCCUGAUCAGAUGAUGUCCUUUGGUGGCUCCACAGACCCUUGUGCGCUCUGCAGCCUCUACAGCAUCGGCAAAAUAGGAGGGCAGCAGAACAAGACUUACACCAAGAUGCUGUGUGAUCUCAUUUCGAAGCACUUGCAUGUAUCUGCAGACAGGGUCUACAUCAACUACUUCGACAUGAAUGCUGCCAAUGUGGGCUGGAAUGGCUCCACCUUUGCAUAGAGCUGUCCUGUCUGCCUGAAGAGGCUGCUCCUGGACCUCCCCUCACCCUGCCCUGUAGCAGAGACCGCGGCACAAAUGGCCCCGUGUUGCAUUUUGUGCACUCUCACAGAUUGAUGGCUCCUUUCUAGUGUGUUUAAAUAUUGCUGCUUCAACAUUCCUCUGUUUUCUCUGUGUAGAAAACAAAUAAAGAUUUAGAAGUAAGCU